AUGAAACGCUACGCAGAUCAUAUUCUCGACCGACAGAAUCGUUCCACACCCGCUCAUAAACGACCAAGACCUGCUGCUAACCCGUCUACCUCCUCCUCCUCCGCUCUCCACCAGGACCUCCCGACCUCCCAUGAACCCAUCCUCACUGACAUCCAACCUCAACUCUCCCCCCCACCCAAACCUAUCAAGCAACCCAAGCCCCCUCCGCCCUCCUUCAUCGAGGUUGACUCUCUGAGGAAGCAGGCUCAGCCCUACCGCCUCGCCGUUGCCGAGCUGCCUGUUGACCUUCUCGACUCCUCCUGGUCCCGUGGCAACAACAGGGCCCUCGACCGCAACCAUGUCGCCCACCUUUGUCGAUCCUUCCGCCAGGGCAACCUCGCCCGCCGAGCUGAGGAAAACUACAUCCAGGUCUCUUGCAGUGCCGACGCCCUCCAGAAGGUCAUGGCCGCCAUUCCGGAAACUGACCGUUCGGCCGUCGAUGAUCAUCAUGGUGUAUUUUCCUUCCGACACUGGGCCGACAUCACCGAUGAAAAACCCGAAUUGAUGGCUGGUCAACAUCGCGUUGAAGCACUGCGAAGCUACGUGAACCAGACAGCCUCCAGCUCCGAUGAUCUUUGGUGGAUCUGCGAGUUUUACGACAGAGCCGCUCUUCCUGUCGAACUCGACAUCAAGCUUCGCGUGAAUCGUCGUGAUCUGAAUCUACCCGAUAGCCAUGGCCAGAUCUGGCUGCAGCUCGCCUCUGCCUCCGAACGAGACCCGACCUUAUUUUCCCCUGAGCGGAACAAGAACAAACAAGCCCUGGAGAGGAGAAUGCUAGAUAUCCUCUGCUUGGGUAGUGAAACCCGUUUUCCUGUCAGCCGACUCGUCACACUUUGGAAGAAUGAACGGUGGAGACCCGUCAUUACUCGCUGGUGUAGAACGCCAAUAGGGAGGGCGACUUUCAACAUCUCCAUAUGGGACCGGAUGGCCGCCUACAGAAUUGAUGACUAUUGA